GGUGCUGCACAGGAGAGCUAUUUCUGGCAACAAAAGCUCCAAGACGCUGAAAAUGUGGUCUUUAUGCAUGAGGGGAUCAUCGAGGAACUCCAGCGCCAGCUUGCAGAAAGUAACGAGGUUGUGUUUAAUCAAUGGCAAGAGAACCAAAGCUUGCAAGAGACUAUGUGGUCCUACGAAUACGAGGCUGCAAAUCUGUCGGAAAUGCGGGAGGCACUUGGAACACUCACAAGCCAACUCACAGGUCAGGAAAUGACACUGCGAGAGAAGGAGAAUUCGAUUGAGAACCAAGCAGAGGAGAUUGCAGAAUUACAGAGCCAGCUUGCCAGGCAGGCGACUUCAGUUCAGAGCAGCGAACAGCGCCUUCUAAAGGAAGAGGAAUCGCAUCAACAGUACAGACAUACUAUUUGUGGACAGCUGGCAGUACUUGAGGGAAAGUUGGCAGACGCUGAGAAGCUUGCGGCCGAAAAAGACCUCGUGUGCAAGCGCAAGGAUGAAAGCCUCGACACACUGAACAGUGAACUAGCUACGGAGAAAGGACGGUCCCGGGCCAUGGAGGAACAGCUCGAAAAGGCACACAGGAAAUUUGAGCAGCACAAUCGAGCACUUCAUGAGCAGCAGGCGCAGCGUCUACUCGAAGCCGUCAACAACUCGACUGAAAAGGCUGAGGCGGAGCGUACAGAACUGCUGAAGAAGCUCAAAGCCGCGAAUUUGGCCAACGAGAAGCUGCAGCAGGAGCUGUCUGGACGCUCUCGGGAACUUCAACAGCUGGAGGAUCAGAAGCGGACCGAAGACCUCGAGCGGGAAGAGGCAGAUCAGCGAGCCAGGGCGCGAGAGGAGGAGCGUCAGAAGGCCUUGGACGAUGCGACCACCAAGUUGGGUAUCGUUGAGGUCGAACGAGCCGAUCUAAAGGAGCAGCUGCGAACUGCCGAUCAGAACAACAAGAAGCUUGGCGAAGAAUUGUCUGGCGCCCAAAGUGCCAGCGAGGUCUCUGGCGUUCGAGUAAGACAACUUGAAAUCAGUCUUCAGGAGCUGUCCAGCGAGAAAGAACAACUGCAAGAGCUGCAUGAGGUCGCUGUGGCAAAUGCUGCAAUGCUUCAGCAGGCACUUAUCGAAGCUGAGCGCGCUGCCGAAGCUGAUGAAAGUGCUCGUGACAAAACCGCAAGUGCGGAAUUGUCAGCGGCCCUGAAGGUGGCCAACGAUUCUUUGAUGGCUUUCCGAACUUCUCAGGACAGUCGCGAAAAGCUCCAGACAAGUCUUGAGGAAUUUUCGGGCGGCCGGCUUGCAAGUGCGAAAUGGUUGCAGAGUCUGAGCCGACUUCAGAACGACAAAUCAUCAACCAUUGAGCUUGGCGAGCAGUUGGAAAAGGUGCUCAGGGUACAUGAGGUGCUGCUGCAAUUCUGGGAGAGACACGACAAGACUGUUUUCGAGGUCUCUCAGAAUGUGGAAUCAUCCCUUGCGCCCGCGCCUGGCUUCAUACCAAUUGCGCCGGUCUCCAAUGCCGCCACUUCUAACAACGUGGAUCAUGAGAGGCGCGUAUCCAUCAAGUCUCCUGCAGUUCUUGAAGGCGUCGACAUGCCAAUAUCUGUUGAGCAGGAAAGAUUGACAAGAAGAGGCUUGGUUGUGCCGAGAUCCAUCAUGAAACUUCAGUCGCAGAUCUCUGAGAACCCCAUUGCCGAUAGUCAGGCAGACGAUUCGAUGCAAGCCCACGAGCUCGAAAUACCUGACUCUCAAGUCGUGGUUCAACCUGUCGCACCGCGUGCCAAUCUUCGGCGCCCUGUUGUGCACACAAUGUACAAUCGGAGGGUGAGCUCUUCGAGCACGGGCACGGAAAUACAACCUCUGGAAGCGCAAAACACAGGAAGUAGUGCAGCUCGCGAGGGCCAAAGUCAUACAACACUACAUGACCUAGCGCCGCGUCAAGGAAGUCUGUCGACUGGCCGAAUGCAUGCCCGGAACACUCGAAAGGCCGGCCCCGGAAGUGACGACCCGCAACGCAAGCGGCUCAAACUGUCGCGUUCGAUGUCACAGUAUUUCUCCCAGCCAUCGGAAGCUGAGUCGCAGUCCUCCACCAUCUCUGCACUCUCAAGCCAAGAGCGACGGGGAGGCCCGAUAGAGCGCAAGUCGUCCCGGGUCAUCACUUACUCGCAACAGACCGCGCUUCGGGCAUGAGAUGAGCAUCGAAUUUGAGGGGAUGAAAUGAUGGCGACAUAGACAUAGAGAGGCAAGAUUGCAGGGACCUCUCGAAUGUCGUUUACUCGAUAGGUGUAUGGUUACCACUCUGACUAGCUUAAUGACCUGAAUUGCUCACGAAGCACAUGGUACAUGAACAGUUGCGGUGGAAACCUCAUUUUUGGCGCCUCUGCUGUUCAGGCACCACAUCGCCACAGUGCACACGUCUGCGAUGAAGCAGAACACACACCGAGCCUC